GUUGCGCCCAUUCAAAGAAACGUGACAACGAUUUAUAAACCUAUGUGAGGGUCGAAGUAAUAAUAAUGGCCAGGAAACGUAAAAUACCAGCGAGAAAGCACCAUGGUGUGCGAGAUCCGCUCAAGCAGCUUGAGGCUAAAGAGCACAAACUGGCUGGUGUAACAAACAAUCCGCCCACAGCAAAGGACGAGCAGCGCGUCUCCUACAAAUUCAAGCAGUUUAAAAAAUUGGCCGACGAAGCCAAGGCAGGCAAAAAAUUAAAGCGUAUCCUGGUUGGACAGGAGGACAAGGGAAGUUCAGAAAAAAAUAAUGGAACAGCAAGAACCCAAACCCAUCGAAAUAUCAAACAGUUUAGAGGUGAGGCCGAUGAGGAUUAUCUGAAACGUGUAAAUCGUAUUACAAGCGCAUCGGUGCGUGAGGCACAAUAUGAAGCUAAAUAUGGUGUUAGUGUCAUACGGAAUCCAAAGACUGGCGAGAUAACGAUACAAAAGCGUCCCAAAAAUGAGAUCGAUGAGCUGCUCAAAAAGAAGCAAAAGGAGCAACGGCUGGCCAAAAAUGGUCGCAGAAAGAAGACGACAGAAGUCAAGGGUACCAUGGAUGCUAAGACAAGCAAGGAGUUAAUCAAACGUGCCUUCAAGGAAGCUGACCAGGAAGAUGAUUCAGACGAAGAGCUGAAUGCCACAUCUUUGGAAUACAAACGCGAUACCUUCAAAUUUGGAGAAAUUGUUCAUGCACCCCCUUCACUGACAACGCUGCCACGCAAGGCUGCCAAAAAUGAGACUGUUCCACGACCAGGACGCAAGUCCAAUUUGCUGCUCAAAUCGCUUCUGGACACAACGCAGCCAGUCCAACCAAAGCCCAAUUCACACAAGCAAACAGUCACCAAAGCGGUGGCGCCCACAAAAGCGCAGAUGAAGGGAAAGCGCAAAGAAUUGCCCGCUGCCACGCGUUCUAUGCUCGAGGUGGAACGCAGCAAGAUGGUCGAACUGUAUCGGACGCUAAAAAAGACGCGAGAACUGCAGCGACAGCAAUAAAGUCAGCUAAUACUCUUCCAAUUUCCUACUCAUUGCGCUGGGCGGCACCUUCAACUGCAUUAACCAGGUACUCCCGUGAAGUGUAUAUAAAGAGAUUUGUCUACUGCAUAGGAGUAGGCAGUUUAGUAACCAGUGUUAAUUGAUGCAUUUCUAUGUAGACAAAUGUUUCCAUGCAAACUAAAAUGCUCUUAACUAAAAAGAAUAAGCCGCACAAGGAGUGGAUCUUUUUUUUUUUGCAUACUUAAUUUUUUAUAUAAUAGCGUAAACCUUUGAAAACAAUACAAUAUAGUACAUAAUUUACA